AUGCUCAAAACCCUGUCCUCCUUCGCAGCCCGUGACGGGAUCCCCUCCCUCUGGACAGGCCUCUCAGCCUCCAUCCUCCGCCAGUCAACCUACUCAACCGCCCGCUUCGGCCUGUACAACAUCCUGGCCCAGCACCUAAAGUCCAAAUCGCCCACCGGCCAGCUCUCCUCCUGGACCACCAUCGGCGCCGCAGGGGUAGCGGGCGGCCUCGCGGGCGUCAUCGGCAACCCGGCAGAGGUGAUACUCGUGCGCAUGUGCGCCGACGGCGCGAAGCCACCACCAGAGCCCGCAAACUACCCGGAUGCCGUACGCGGGCUCUGGCGCAUCGCGCGCGACGAGGGGCUGGGCACUUUCGCGCGAGGGCUGGGCCCCACGGUCGUGAGGAGCGUGCUGAUGAAUGUUGGGCAGAUUGCACCAUACACCGCGGCCAAACGCGCCCUGCUAGCAAAGACGACCCUGCAAGACGACGUGAAAACGCACAUGCUGUCCAGUCUCGUCGCCGGCACCGUGGCCACCACCAUCUGCGCACCCGCCGACGUGCUCAAGAGCCGGGUCCAGGCUGCCAGCAAGGCCGGCGGUUCCUCUAGCCUCCUCCAGAUCACAACCCAAGGCCUGCGCCAAGAGGGGCCCCUGUUCCUCAUGAAGGGCUGGACGCCGGCGUGGCUGCGCUUGACCCCGCACACAAUCUUGACAUUCGUCUUCAUGGAGAAGCUGCAGGAUGUGGUUAACUGGAAGGCGGUUGGCGGCCCGCCCGUGGAGAUCAAGGUCUGA